AGGGACCGUAUUCUCGGGCGCCGUGGCCGCGGCCCCCCCCACCCGCCGGCCCCGCCGCGCGGUUAGUCCCGCGCUCGGCCCCAGAGGGCGAGACCUUCCCCAGGCAUGCCGGACAAGUCGGACAACCCCAUGCGGCAGAUCAAGGUGGAGAAGCUGACCCUCAACAUCAGCGUCGGCGAGAGUGGCGACAGGCUCACGCGCGCCGCCAAGGUCCUGGAGCAGCUGACCGAGCAGCAGCCCGUCUUCUCCAAGUGCCGCAUGACCAUCCGGUCCUUCGGCGUGAGGCGCAACGAGAAGAUCGCGUGCCACGUGACCGUGCGCGGCGAGAAGGCGGAGGAGAUCCUGGAGAAGGGCCUCAAGGUCAAGGAGUACGAGCUGGUGAAGAGGAAUUUCGCGAAGAAUGGUAGUUUCGGCUUCGGCAUCACCGAGCACAUCGACCUGGGCAUCAAGUACGAUCCCAGCGGGGGGCUCAGAUGA